AUGCAACGACUUCUGCGAGGAUCCAGCGCGCGUCAAGCAACUUGCGACACACAUUCGUUAUUUGGACGCAACCUAGAGGUCCGGCGAUGUAUGUCUCACAAUGUACAUGAGGACGCCAGCCUUCGUGAGCCUAUCGCCUAUUGCAGUGACCUCAUUCGAAAACGAGACUAUGAGGCGUUUCUCACUUCGCCAUUCUGGCCGCGCGAUUUGCGUGCACAUUUCAUUGCAUUGCGAGCAUUUUACGUGGAACUGGCCACAGUACCAGAAGCUGUGUCGAACCCGACAAUCGGAAAGAUGAGAAUGCAGUUUUGGCGGGACGCUGUAAAGGCGAUAGGCGAUGGCAGACCGCCAAGACAUCCCGUCGCGCUUGCACUGUCUGAUGCAUGUUGGAGUGGUGGGCUACCCGCAUAUCAUCUUAAAAGAAUCAUUGAUGCGAGAGACGCUGAACUACAUACACCCACACAUCUUACCCUAAAUUCUCUUACUGCACACGCGGAGUCCACAUCAUCUACAUUUCUUUAUCUACUUCUAUCCCUCCUUUCCCUGACCUCUUCUUCCACACUGUCUCAUGCAGCGUCCCAUCUCGGUAUCGCUCAGGGAAUUGCCACGCUUCUCCGCGCAUUGCCAUAUCAUGCGUCCCAAGGUAGGAUGGUCAUACCGGCGGAAAUUACAGCACGUCAUGGCGUAAGCCAGGAGGAAGUCUUCAGACGGGGCGGUCACGCCGUGGGGAUCGAAGACGCUGUAUUUGAAUUUGCGACCAUCGCAAACGAUAAUCUAUUGACAUCGAAGGAAAUGUUUAACCACGCAGGCCUAGAUGGCAAAAUUCCUUGGAGAGCAAGACCAGCAUUCUUGAGCGCGGUCUCGGCGCGGCAAUACCUUAAUCGCCUUGAGGCAGCCAACUUCGACGCGUUCGACCCAUCAUUACAGCUCCGGGACUGGAAGUUGCCAUGGAAGAUUUGGCGUAGCUAUUACAAGGGGUCCUUUUGA